AUGGCGCUCCUCCGCGGAAACCUCCUCCGCGCGGCGCCGCGGUCCGCGCUGCGUCCGCUGUCGACGCGCACGGAGACGGACAGCUUCGGCCCCCUGGAGGUGCCGAGCGAGAGCUACUACGGCGCCCAGACGGCGCGGUCGCUGAUGAACUUCCCCAUCGGCGACGAGAGCGCGCGCAUGCCGCUGCCCAUCGUGUGGGCCUUCGGCGUGCUGAAGAAGUGCGCCGCGGUCUACAACAAGGCCCAGGGCAAGCUGGCGCCCGAGGUCGCGGACGCGAUCGCGGCCGCCGCGGGCGAGGUCGCGUCCGGCGACUUGGACGGCCACUUCCCGCUCGUCAUCUACCAGACGGGCUCGGGCACGCAGACGAACAUGAACGUCAACGAGGUCGUCGCGAACCGGGCCAUCGAGCUCCUCGGCGGCGUGGUCGGGUCCAAGGACCCCGUGCACCCGAACGACCACUGCAACAUGGGCCAGAGCUCGAACGACUCGUUCCCGACGGCCAUGCACAUCGCGGCGGCGUCGGAGCUCUCGGGGCGGCUGCUGCCGGCGCUGGCGCACCUGCGGAGCGCCUUGGAGGCCAAGGCCGUGGAGUUCGACCACGUCAUCAAGAUCGGCCGCACGCACUGCAUGGACCUGUGCAUGGACGCGACGCCGCUCACGCUGGGCCAGGUCUUCUCGGGCUACGCGGCGCAGGUCGAGGCGUCGGAGGCCCGCGUCCGGGACGCGCUGCCGCGGCUCCACGAGCUCGCCCUCGGCGGCACGGCCGUCGGCACGGGCCUCAACACCGUCGAGGGCUACGACGUCGCGAUCGCGAAGCUCAUCGCCGACGAGACGGGCCUGCCGUUCGAGACGGCGCCGAACAAGUUCGCGGCGCUCGCGGCCCACGACGCCAUCGUCGAGGCGUCCGGCGCGCUGAACACGGCCGCCUGCGCGCUCAACAAGGUCGCCAACGACCUCCGGCUCCUCGGCUCCGGGCCGCGGAGCGGCCUCGGCGAGAUCCAGCUCCCGGAGAACGAGCCGGGCAGCUCGAUCAUGCCGGGCAAGGUCAACCCGACGCAGUGCGAGGCCGUGACCAUGGUCGCGGCGCGCGUCGUCGGCAACCACGUCGCGGCGACCUUCGGCGGCGCCCAGGGCCACUUCGAGCUCAACGUCUUCAAGCCCGUCAUGGCCGCGGCGCUCCUCGAGUCGACGCGCCUCCUCGCGGACGCGUCCACGAGCUUCGCCGACCGCUGCGUCGUCGGCGUGGCGGCGAACGAGGGCCGCAUCGCGGACCUCAUGGCGUCGUCGCUCAUGCUCGUCACGGCGCUGAACCCGCACAUCGGCUACGACAACGCGGCCAAGGUCGCGAAGAAGGCGCACCAGGAGGGCACGUCCCUCAUCGAGGCGGGGGAGGCGCUCGGGCUCUUCACGGGCGACCAGUUCGCCGAGUGGGUCAAGCCCGCGGAGAUGAUCAGCCCCAAGGCCCCCUGA